AUGGAGCGGAUGUACUCAAAUGCCAAGACCCACGGACAUCUCGGCCGGACAUCGAACGACUGCCGGCUGCUCCAACAUCUGACAUUUCGCCCUCCGUUACAGCAUACAGCCACAGACCAUGGCAAACGGAAUGUACGUGCAAUGAUCGGGAUCAAGCCAUUCGCAGGUCUGACUGACACUCUCGUUCUUCUAAACAGCUUCAACUCAACGUAUUACGGCAAGGACUACCGCGCCGGCGCUGCCCUUCUGCGUGCCCGCCGGCCGUAUCUCGUCAAGAAUGCCGUGACUGGCUUUGGGCUGUUCGCAUUCGCUAUUGCUGUCUACUCCUACACGAUCCGCGCUGUUGGUCAAGAAGAUUUCUCUGACGUCAAGGUGCCUGACACGCCCGUCAAAAAAUUGCCCGAGCAAAAGUAA